AUGUUGAGGUCUCUAACUGUAGAGAGUUUUGGUGGAAGUAUAAGGCCUGCUGGUGGAUGUGUAGCGCAGCUGGAUCUUUUACCUAACCUCGAAGAACUUCAUCUGCGUCGUGUAUAUCUGGAAACCAUUAGAGAGAUCGUGGGUCAUCUGGGGUUGAGAUUUCAGACACUGAAACAUGUAGAAGUCAGCAGAUGUAGCCGGCUCAAAUGCCUUCUCUCGUUAGGGAACUUCAUCUGUUUUCUGCCCAACUUACAAGAGAUACAUGCUAGCUUUUGUGAUAGGCUUCAGGAAUUGUUUGACUAUUCUGCAGGAGAAGUUUCAGCCUCUGCCGAACCUGUGGUACCUGCUCUGCGUGUCAUAAAGCUGAGAAAUCUUCCGCGGUUGAAGAGAUUAUGUAGCCAAGAAGAGUCAUGGGGAUGUUUAGAACAUGUGGAAAUGAUAAAAUGCAAUCUUCUUAAGAAUCUGCCCAUUAGUUCAAAUAACGCUCAUAGAGUCAAAGAAGUAAGAGGAGAAACACAUUGGUGGAACAACUUAACUUGGGAUGAUAACACUACAAGAGAAACCCUUCAACCUCGUUUUGUACCAGUUGACAGAAAUAUUUCAACUGGUUCUCUUGGAAUCUCUUGCUAA